AGAGUUGGGCUGGACGGCCGCGAUUUUGUGAUUCUCCAGACAUUCGUCGCAUUGGUUGGUUUUGGAGUAGCUCAACCCCGGUUUCUUGUGCCACCGCGCAGCCCAAUAUGCCUACAGCGUCGUCAUUUCCAGAGAUACAAAUCCCCAAUGUCGACCUCUGGGGGCUCAUGUUUGAGCAGCCUCGAGACUUUCCUGACACAAAAGUGAUAUAUCGCACCGUUGAUUCUUCUCGUCAAUAUACAUGGGCCGAGGUCAAGGAAGCUGCGACAGAUUUUGGUGGUGGCCUCCGAAAUCUAUGGGACUGGCAGAAGGGCGAUGUGCUAAACAUCUUUGCACCCAACGAUAUUGACUUCGCCGCCAUUGUGUACGGAGUCUUCUUUGCUGGAGGCAUCGUAUCUCCAGCCAACCCAGCAUAUUCGGCGGACGAGCUGUCCUUUCAGCUAUCCAAUUCCAAUUCUCAGGCAAUUGUUACGACCAAGGAUUUCCUGCCGACAGCGUUGAAAGCCGCCGAAAGGUCCAACAUUCCCGCAGAUCGUGUUAUACUGCUUGGGACCGGGCGGGAUCCCACCCACAGACACAAACACUGGACCAAUAUCCGCAAGACGAGUGGUGCCACUAGGUACAGGCGACGAAAGCUGGAUUCGGACAAUGAUUUGGCAUUUCUGGUGUAUAGCUCGGGCACUACCGGUCUUCCCAAAGGCGUUAUGCUAAGCCACCGCAACGUCGUUUCGGACCUGCUGCUGAUCAAGGGAGCAGUUGGGAAAUGGUACUCGAGCGGCAAUGACAAGAUUCUUGGGGUGUUGCCGUUCUUUCAUAUCUACGGACUGACAGGAUUAGUGCAGCAACCUUUACACAGAGGCAUUGAGCUUGUGGUGAUGCCAGCAUUCACCCUUGAGGUGUUCUUGAAGGCCAUCGAAGAGCACAAGAUUACGUUCAUCUAUGUUGCGCCUCCAGUAAUUGUGCGACUGGCGCGGGACAAAAUGGUGGACAAGUACAACCUCAGCAGUGUCAGAAUGAUCACAAGUGGCGCUGCGCCUUUGACGCGAGAACUGGUUGAUGCCCUACACAAGAGGCUGAACAUCAAGAUCAACCAGGCUUAUGGGCUCAGCGAGACGAGUCCCAUGACCCAUACACAGCCUUGGGAUGAAUGGUAUAACUCAGUUGGAAGUGUCGGCAAAAUGUUCCCCAAUAUGACAGCCAAGUAUAUGUCUCCAGACGGCGAAGAACUCGGGCCUGGCGAGAUUGGAGAACUAUGGCUUGCUGGCCCAAAUAUUUUCAAGGGAUACUGGAAGAAUGAAUCAGCGACAAAAGAUGCAAUAACGCCCGACAAGUACUUCAAGACAGGUGAUGUUGGUUUCCAGGACAAAGAUCACAAUUUCUACAUCACCGAUCGAGUCAAGGAGCUCAUCAAGUACAAGGGCUUUCAAGUCCCACCCGCGGAAUUGGAAGGUAAACUCAUGGACCAUCCUGGCAUCGACGAUGUAGCUGUGAUCGGGGUGUACGAUGACCAUAUGCAUACAGAAGUGCCUAGGGCUUAUGUGGUCGCCAGUCAGGACAAGGCUAGUGAAAAGGACGCGGAUGAAAUUGUCCAGUGGCUGCAAGGCAAAGUCGCCAAUCACAAGAGACUCCGGGGAGGCGUGCGCUUCAUCGACGAGAUUCCAAAAAGCGCAGCAGGCAAGAUCUUGCGGCGAAUACUGAAAGAUAAGGCAAAGGAAGAAGAAUCGUCGAACAAGGAUGGACGGCAGGUCAAGGCCAAAUUGUGACCUCGUACCGAUAUCUGUUGGCUUGGGUUCUGGUACGGGCAUCCCUAGCGUGGCAUCCUUCUUCGCAAAGGCAUCGAUAGCUCCUUUGUUGUCUGCUGCUGCAUGGUUUGGUCUGAGAAUGCAG